UUGUGUCUGAGCUGGCUGGAAGGCUGGUUAUUCGUCCUGAGCUUCCUGCCUGUCCGUGCCCCGCCAACAGCUUCAGAAGACAGUGACUGGCGGCUGCCUGAGGAAUACCCGUGGGCAAGAGAAUUAGCAUUUAUGGAGCAUCACUGUCUGAGCAGCCCCUGGGUGUGUCCACUUUCAGGGCCUGUGAGGUUGGACCUUGGCAGCCUGAGCCCUUGAGUUGGCCACUUAAAUCUUGGGAAUAUUGAGAUUACAUCUACCUACCUUUUGGAAAGAUGGCCUUCAGCAAAAUGCUUUUUAAUAUUGGGGAAGAACUGGGAAGUGAAGAACUGGCCGCCCUCAAGUUCCUGAGCCUGGACUACAUACCACAAAGGAAGCAAGAACCCAUCAAGGAUGCCUUGAUGUUAUUCCAGAGACUCCAGGAAAAGAGAAUGUUGGAGGAAAGUAAUCUGUUCUUUCUGAAGGAGCUGCUUUUCCGAAUUAAUAGAUUGGAUUUGUUGAAUAAAUAUCUGCACACUAGCAAGGAGGAGAUGGAAAGGGAACUUCAGACACCGGGCAGUGCUCAGAUUUCUGCCUACAGGGUCAUGCUCUAUCAGAUUUCAGAAGAUGUGAGCAGAUCAGAAUUGAGGUCUUUUAAGUUUCUUUUGAAAAAGGAGAUCUCCAAAUGCAAACUGGAUGAUGACAUGAACCUGCUGGAUAUUUUCAUAGAGAUGGAGAAGAGGGUCAUCCUGGGAGAAGAAAAGUUGGAUGUCCUGAAAAGAGUCUGUGACCAAAUCAACAAGAGCCUGCUGAAGAUAAUCAACGACUAUGAAGAAUUCAGCAGAGAGAGAAGAAUGAGCCUUGAAAGAAGUUCAGAUGAAUCUUCAAAUGGGGAGGAAUUGUUUGGGGUAAUGGCAAUCUCGGACUCUCCAGGAGAACAGGAUAGUGAAUCACAGACUUCAGACAAAGUUUACCAAAUGAAAAGUAAACCUCGGGGAUAUUGUCUGAUCAUCAACAAUCAUGACUUUCGCAAAGCACGGGAGGAAGUGCCCAAACUCCACAGCAUUAAGGAUAGGAAUGGAACACACCUGGAUGCAGAGGCUUUGAGCAAGACCUUUAAGGAGCUUCAUUUUGAGAUCAGGCCCUACAAUGACUGCACAAGAGAGGAAAUCUAUGAGAUUUUGCAAUCCUACCAACGCAUGGACCACAGUAACAAGGACUGCUUCAUCUGCUGUAUCCUCUCCCAUGGAGACAAGGGCAUCAUCUACGGCACUGAUGGACACGAGGCCCCCAUAUAUGAGCUGACAUCUCAGUUCACUGGUUUGAAGUGCCCUUCCCUUGCUGGAAAACCAAAAGUGUUUUUUAUUCAGGCUUGUCAGGGGGAUAACUACCAGAAAGGUAUACCUGUUGAGACUGAUUCAGAGGAGCAACCCUAUUUAGAAAUGGACUUAUCAUCACCUCAGAAAAGAUAUAUCCCAGAUGAGGCUGACUUUCUACUGGGGAUGGCCACUGUGAAUAACUGUGUUUCCUACCGAAACCCUGUGGAGGGAACCUGGUAUAUCCAGUCACUUUGCCAGAGCCUGAAAGAACGAUGUCCUCGAGGCGAUGAUAUUCUCACCAUCCUGACUGAAGUGAACUAUGAAGUCAGCAACAAAGACGAUAAGAAAAACAUGGGCAAGCAGAUGCCGCAGCCUACUUUCACACUAAGAAAAAAACUUGUUUUCUCUUCUGAUUGAUGGUGCUAUUUAGAUAUAUAACACUAUGUUUAUUUACUGAUUUUCCAUGUAAUUUAUUGUUUCGCACUUUUUUUAAGAGCUAAAGUUAAUAGGAUA